CAUAGCUUCUGAAUUUAGCUUCUCCACGUACUUUUGUUUUGAGUUUUGGCUGAAGGCAGCUAAAGGUCACUGAUACUGAUAGUCACUGAGUAGCAAAAUAUAUUUUGUGAUAGGAAGGAAAGUGAAGUGAAGUGAAGGAAGGAAAAUCAGAGAGAGAGGAUUAUUUAUUUUUCGAUCGUUGAAGGAUGAUUAGUAUCACCUCACCAAAUUUUUUAUACGUAUUUUUUCAAUAUGUUAAAGCAUAAAUUACCGAAAGAUUGGAUUACUGUCAAUUCUAAAAGUCAUCCGGACAGAGUAUAUUACUUCAAUGUGAAAACAAAACAAUCUUCGUGGGUUCAACCACCAUUGGAUGAGAUCAAGUCUCCUUCAGUAACUAUGCAUCACAGAAAGGAACGUCGCAGUACAAUAACAUCUAACUAUAAUGCUAAAGUAAAGGAAGCAUCUAAUCAACAUACACAUGAUAAAAUUAUAGAGACUCCACAAAUGAAGGCUGUUAGAGAGAAAGCUCUGCAACGAUUAAAUGCUAAAAAUAAAUCUCCCUUUUUAUCACAAGCUUUAUGUACAAAGACAAUAGAAAAUAAAAUAAAGCCCUUUCCAAGAAAUUCUCCUUCAGAGUUAAAGGAUGAUAGAUCAGCGACCUCUUGGAAUAAAAACUAUAAUAAAGAAACAUCACAAACACGGAUUCGGGAAAAAUUCGAGCAAAGAAAUUCAAACACAUUUAGUCCAAAUAAAUCAUCAAGAAAAGAUGUUAUGAUUAAAAAACAAAGUUGGAAUACUGCAAAUGAGAAGUCAACGAAAACAUGUGAAAUAAAAAAUAAAAAUAUAGGAAAUCAAAAAAUUAUUACUCAAAAUAAACACGUUAUUGAGCAGCAUAAGAAGAAUCAAAAUGUUCAGGAAUCAUGUAAUCGCAAUUCAAGACAAAAUGAAAAAUCGUUCUUAAAGAAAAACAUUGCGCAAGAACGUAUGCAAAGAUUAAGAACAAAUUUGAAUAAGGAAAAAAUUAGAGAAAUGUAUAAUGCUGAUUUAAUUAAUAAGUCCCCAAAGUUGAACAAAAGUUUAUCUAAUUCCAACAGCUUAGGAUCAAGUGUUUAUAAAAAUGUUGAUGUACGACUUAAGAGAUUACACAACAGAGUCUUAAAAGAUGCAGUAUGUGAAAGAAAUAUUAAUACAUUAAAAAGUGAUAAGUCACAAACUCAACAAAGCAACAGAUCAAAUAAGAUCGAAAACAUGACAAAGGAUAAAUUAAUAGAACAGGGUGAGCAAGAAGUUUUAUACGAAGAAAUGGAUUGGGAACCAAUGAAAGAUGAAGAAAUUACUCUUCAGGUGGAAGUUGUCAGAACACAACUUUGUAGAGAAAAUCGUAUGGAUGAGAUAAAUUGUAUAUCUGGAAAUGCUGCAGAAUUGACGCAAUCUAAUAACGCAGAAUUGCAUGACUCACUCUACAUCGUUAUCGAUACAAAUGUAUUUUUAUUAAAUCUUGAAAUUGUUGAAGAAGCGAAAGAUGCAGCAUUUAAGAAUUAUCCACGUCCUUUUAUUGUAAUUCCAUGGACUGUGAUAUGUGAAUUAGAUUACUUCAAGCAUAAUGAAGCUAAUGAACUAUCAGUAAAGGCCAGGAAAGCUAUAUCUUUUAUCCAUAAGCAGUUUUCCUCUAAACAUCCACGAUUCAUAGGACAAACACGAGAACAAGCAAUAAAAAAUAAAGAAGAUUUUUCUCUUAAUUGUCCAGAUGACGAGAUUCUUCAGUGUUGCUUACAAAUUUCUCAAUUACAAAAAUCAGUGACUUUAUUAUCUUAUGAUAAAAAUCUCUGUAAUAAAGCGAUGAUAUAUAAUAUAAUGGCAUUGGGGCGUCAUGAUUCACUCAAAAAAAUAGAUGAUCUUAAUACGAAUAAUGCAGUAGUCAACCGUUUGAAUAAUCUUGAUGAAAAAUCUAUUUUCGCUGAAGAAUCACGUUUAACGGAUGAUAUUUUUGAGGAUAUAAAAUUGAUUAUGAAAAACUUUUUGUCAACGAUUAUUACAAAACAAAUGUCAGAAAUUUUUGGAGAAACGGAGUGGAAGAUAUAUGUCAUUAUAAAACCACCGUGGUCUAUAGUAACUGCAUUAAAGUGUGCUUUAAAGCACUGGAUCGCCGCUAUUAGCGAUUCGUUUCAAAGACGUGCUGAACCUGUUCUUAAGGAAUUACUCAAUGCUUUUGAACAUAUGCCAGUUGGUGGAAAAUUGCGAGAUGUGGAACACAUUAUAGAAAAGAGCAGUGAUUUAGUACAAAUGGUUAACGCAGAUAAGCACUGUGAUCUCCUGACACAAACAUUUAAUGCUAUUACCGAACUCAAAAACAAGUAUAGAAAAUAUUUCGAUAAUAUUGAGCUGAAAAAAUUGCACGACAAAAUAGGCGUCGUGAAAAAUGGUGAAGAACAAGAAAUGAGAGCAGAAAAAGUAUUUCAAUGUUUCCAGCACAUUUAUAAUUUCGCGCGUGAACUAUGUGGUUUGGCAUGCAGUAAUGCAGGAAUGGCAUAUUCCUUUGCCUUUGAAUCUGCAAAUCCACCAUUACCACAAGCAUGCGUACAACGUUUGCAGUCAGAAAUUACCAAAAAAGUGAUUGAUCUGACACAAAAUCUAAAUAAGUUACUGAUGCAAGCAGAAAAUUCUAUAACACAUCAAACAUUGCUUAACUUAGAGCACAAUUUAAAUACAUUUUUACCUGACGUAAGAGAGAGAAUAAUAUUUGAUGUGACAUCUUUGGAUAUAUAUUGUUGUGUUCAGUUAAAAGAAGAAAUAUUAAAGACUGGUUUAAGACAGCUACAAGAAUUAACUUCGCAUUUUUGUGCUCUAGCUGCUCAUAUAUAG